AUCGCGAUCGCUAUGAUGGUGUGUAACUUGAGUGUUUUCCAACUGUAUCGUGGAAGUGACCGACUCCAGUCGACAUCGUUCACAGGAGCAAAGAUGGGCUUUUUUCCGGAGUUUUCCAUAGAGACUUGGACUUUAAUAGUACUUGUCAUCACUCUAAUCGCAGUAUAUGGAUAUGCUCCAUAUGGCUUUUUUAAGAAAAUAGGCAUCCCUGGACCCAGACCUUUGCCCUUUAUUGGGACAUUUUUGGAGUACAGAAAGGGCAUCCACAAUUUUGACACAGAAUGCUAUCAGAAAUAUGGAAAGGUGUGGGGACUGUACGAUGGCAGGCAGCCUUUACUGGCUAUAAUGGACACAGCUAUGAUCAAAACAAUCUUGGUUAAGGAGUGUUAUUCUGUCUUCACCAACAGACGGGAUCUGGGCAUAAAUGGACCCUUGCGUGACGCUGUAUCAAUAGUAGAAGAUGAGAAGUGGAAGAGGAUUCGCAGUGUACUCUCUCCGUCAUUCACCAGCGGACGCCUGAAAGAGAUGUACACAAUAAUGUUGCAGCACUCAAGUAAUCUCAUCAAGAGCCUUCACAUAAAAGUAGAGGCGGAUGAAGUCAUAGAAGUUAAAGAAGUAUUUGGACCUUACAGUAUGGAUGUUGUGACCAGCACUGCCUUCAGUGUGGACGUUGAUUCCAUCAACCAUCCCUCUGAUCCUUUUGUAGCAAACAUUAAGAGAAUGGUCAAAUUCAACUUAUUGAAUCCCUUACUUGUACUUGUGGUUCUGUUUCCAUUCUUGGCACCAAUUCUUGAUAGAAUGGGUGUGUCAUUCUUCCCUGCUGAAGUGUUGAAUUUCUUCUUCAACUUUCUAAAGACAAUCAAAUCAGACCGGACUAAGAAUGAGCACAAGAACCGAGUGGACUUCAUGCAGUUGAUGGUGGACUCUCAGAUGUCAGAGAAGAACAAAGAGGAUAAAAGCCCUGACAAAGGACUGAAUGAUCAUGAGAUCCUGUCUCAGGCCAUGAUAUUCAUCUUUGCUGGCUAUGAAACCAGUAGCACCACACUGGGAUUUAUAGCCUACACCCUGGCAACCCACCCUCACAUCCAAAAAACCCUGCAAGAGGAGAUUGAUGAAACCUUCCCAGAAAAGGUUCGGCCAACCUAUGAAGCUGUGAUGCAGAUGGAAUACCUGGACAUGGUGAUUAAUGAGGCAAUGAGACUGUACCCCGUUGGUAACCGAUUAGAGAGGAUCUCAAAGUCUUCUGUGGAAAUUAACGGUGUGACCAUCCCUAAAGGAACUGCUGUAAUGGUACCAGUUUACACUCUCCACCGUGACCCUGCUUUGUGGUCUGAGCCUGAGGCCUUCAAGCCUGAAAGGUUCAGCAAGGAGAACAAAGACAACAUCGAUCCAUAUGCCUUCCUACCCUUUGGAUCAGGGCCAAGGAACUGUAUUGGCAUGCGAUUUGCUCUCUUGAUGAUGAGGUUGGCCAUAGUGGAGAUUCUUCAGAACUUCAGCUUUGUCACGUGCAAGGAGACAGAUAUUCCAAUGGAGUUGGGAAGAGAUGGAUUUACCUCACCCAAGAAUCCCAUCAAACUGAAGCUGGAGCCCAGAGCAACCGUUGCUGAUCUUCUCUCAAGCUAACUCUCUCACUCUGCAUGAUACUCAACAAUUCACUGAUGGCAUUACAGCCGUUACUGAUAUCCUCACAAUCACAUUUAAUUUUUUUCAUUUAUCUAAUAAAAAUGCUG